UGAAAAGGAACGGCGCGCACCACGGUUUGAGGGGCGAGAUCUCCUCUCGCAUCAGCUUGCACCAUCUUUCCCAGACUAGCUAAUUGUCUCUCUUUACCUGCUUUAAGUGCGUCAUGGCAACUCAACGGCCGCCAAAACGGCAGCGAUUAGUCUCAGGCGCCAGCACCAAGGACUCCGCAGAGCAAGUGGGAUCCGAGGUUUGGCAUCCACAAUUUGGUCGUGUUUCGUGCGAGCAAGGAUUGUCAGUGAACGAGUCUGAAGGCAAUAGGGUAGUCGUCUGCUUCGGCAUGAUACCCGGGAUCAAUUGCGUUGUUGAUGGUGCAAGCAUCUCAAUAGCGACCUUCGAAGAUGCAGUCCCCGUGAUGUUGACCUCGGCAGACAGUUUCUCCGGCGUCUAUAAUGGUAGGUUUAGAGGGAAGGUACAACCCCGUUAUACACAUAUCACUGGUGGUCUCCUUGAUGAGAAAGACCUCGAGCUGCAAGUCGAAUGCAUUCGAAGCGAAGCACUGGCACCCCCCAGCAAUACUGUCAGCAGGAAGUCAACUCAAACUCUCCCUCAGCCGGCCGCUUGUUCCCUGUCAAUUACCUUAUACGGGCCGAUGGAGCUUUUCGAUGAGGUCGGAGAGUUCUUCCAGUCCGAUGGCAUGUUUCUUCAAGACCCCUUGAAUUGCAACAGAGUGCUAAGAUAUUGCAACCCACACCGACUCUCGUCGUUGGAUCCGGACUCUUGCCAGUGGACUUCGGAACUCAAUGCAAACCCGACUUUUAUCGACAUGAAAGACGUUGCAGUGGGACCCGAACUCUUGGAGCUCCUCGACUCGCAAAGUAAUCUUGCCGAAACAACACAGCAUCAAUCAAUAAAGACGGUCCUUAAGAGACAUCAAAGGCAGGCGUUGACCUUCAUGCUUCAGCGCGAGCGAGGCUGGAUGUUCGACGAGACUACGCCGGAUAUAUGGGAUGUUGUUGAAUCCAAUCGCGGACGAUUCUUCAUGAACCGGAUAUCAAAUGCUCACCAAGUCGAGGAACCUGACCAGUUCCACGGGGGUGUCAUUGCGGACCCUAUGGGAUUCGGAAAGACGUUGACCAUGAUAGCCUUGGUGGCGGCAGAUAUGCCAGUCCCGCGAGGUUUGGCUAAUGAAGAGUUUGAAGAUCUAAUGGAUGUAGGUGUUGACUCGGACGACACUGCGAGCCAAACACUUAUCAUCGUUCCUCCACCACUGCUUGAUACCUGGGAAGAACAACUGUCCGAGCACGUCGUCUCCGGAACCCUGACCUGGCGAAGACAUCAUGGAAAAUCUCGUCUGAACGAAAUAUCAGACCUUGACGGGAUCAGCAUUGUCCUGACAACAUAUCAUACUGUUGCUGCGGACUGGAGAAACCACGGAACUUCCGAGUCAUUGCUACUGUUUUCCAUCCGCUGGAAACGCCUGGUGCUCGACGAGGCCCACAUAAUCCGGAACAGCAACUCCCAAAUGGCCCGCGCACUCUGUUCCUUGAACGCCAGGUGUCGAUGGGUGGUUACGGGAACGCCGAUCCAGAACCGACUCAAGGACUUCUCUGCCCUCUUGAAGUUCCUCCAGGCCCACCCGUACAGUGACCAGAAGCAGUUCGACAGAGACAUAUCCAACCUGUGGAAGGCCGGCGACGUGGACGAAGCUACCAAGAGGCUGAAACGCCUGUCCCGUUGCCUACUUCUCCGCCGACCCCAGGGUACAGUCAAGCUGCCCCCAAGAAAGGAUCUCCAGUGCACCAUCACGUUCACUCGUGCCGAGCGCGAGUUGUAUGAUGACAUCCGAUCCCGAGCCAUCCAACAGAUCGACGAGGCCAGGCUCGAAGUUUCCGAUGCUGCAGGCUCGAAUGCCUAUAUCAAUGUGCUGCAGCAAAUCGAGGCGAUGCGCAUGGUGUGCAAUCUCGGCCUUCACUACCACUACCGGCAUGAUGUGUCAACGACUGCACGGAAUUCCUCCACGACAUGGGAGGAUUGGAAUGCAACAGCCCAGCAGAUAUUCAACCUCCACCGAGGCAUGGAACCCAUCCACUGCCAGCUCUGCUCGUUGUCCCUUGACACGAUCGAAAGGCUCCUCGUCCACGAUGACCAGAAUCAGCACCAACCGCGCUUCUCAAGCUGCCUGAGGCUCACAUGUGCUGAUUGUGUCCAGACACGCGCCACGAAUGGUGGCUCUUGCGGCUGUGGGAAAAGUCCGAGCUGCGCCAUUGCUCCGGUCUCAGCCAGUGCGACUGGGCUAGAGGAGGCACCGGUCCCAACACAUCUGCUGGAAAAUUUUCAAAGAUCUGCCUGCAUGAAACUUCCAGCAAAGGUUGUAUCGCUCGUCACAGACUUGAGAGCCCUGCCGUUGGAGGUCAAAUGCGUGGUGUUCUCAACCUGGCGGAUGAGCCUCGAUGUCGUCGAGGCUGGUCUGAACCAAGCAGGUAUAUCGUGUCUUCGCUAUGAUGGUAAAGUCCCUCAGAGAGAAAGACACGGCGUGGUGGAGCGAUUCCGCAAUGAUCCAUCUGUUCGGGUUCUACUUCUAACAUUGUCGUGCGGAGCCGUUGGCUUGACUCUUACUGUGGCAGCUCGUGCUUAUCUACUGGAACCACAUUGGAACCCGACACUUGAGGAACAAGCAUUGGCCCGGAUCCAUCGAAUGGGCCAGGAGAAAGAGGUCACCACUGUCCGCUUCUACGUGCACGACACUAUCGAACAGUCUGUCAUUGAACUGCAAAAACGGAAGAAAACGCUGGCCAGUGUGUUAUCGGCUCCUCAUGAUGGUUCUCAGGUUGAGGAGGACUCGGGCCGAUUAGAGCGAUUACGAGCGCUGCUCUAGCCAGUUACCUCUGUGUUGAAUAUGGUUAUACAAGACCCCAGGCAGUAAUUGAAUUUUCAUGGCCUGUAACGGCCUGUCCGUCUAUUAUCCCAGACUUGCAGACACCGAUGAG